CUGAGCCAGUCGUUUUUCACACAGAAAACGAAGGCUGGCUCUGGAUUGCUCUGCUUCAGAACCCUAAUUUCUCUGAUUUCCUCUCGGAACUAAGCCUUUCAGGUUGUUCUAUUUUAUUUGGGACUUUGUUUGUGGAUUGGAACCAUGUUGGUUCUGGACCAAGUGUUGGAAAAUGGGACUGAGCAUGCUGAACUGCUUCCAGCGACCAAUGAUAACCAUGGAGGAGUCAUUGUGGACAUGGAGGAGGCCAUGGACUCUGAGGUCUUUGUUACUUCUCUCAGAGCUUCAAUCUCUAGGUGGAGGCAACAGGGCAAGAAGGGCAUCUGGAUUAAGCUGCCCAUUGGGCUUGUAAAUCUGAUUGAACCUGCAGUUGGGGAGGGGUUUUGGUACCACCAUGCCGAGCCAAAUUACCUGAUGCUGGUUUGCUGGAUUUCUGAAACCACUAGUACUAUUCCUGCAAAUGCUUCACACCGUGUCAGUAUUGGUGCUAUUGUUUUGAAUGAUAAAAGAGAGGUGCUUGUAGUUCAGGAAAAGAGUGGUAGGUUCCAAGGAACAGGUGUGUGGAAAAUCCCUACUGGGACUGUUGAUGAGGGUGAGAAUAUUUUUAUGGCAGCCAAAAGAGAAGUAGAAGAAGAAACAGGAAUUGAAACGGAAUUUCUGGAGAUACUGGCAUUCAGGCAAUCACACAAGAUGUUCUUUGAAAAGUCAGAUCUAUUUUUCAUUUGCAUGAUGCGUCCUCUAUCCUUUGACAUUCAGACGCAAGAACUCGAGAUUGAGGCAGCCCAGUGGAUGCCGUUUGAGGAAUAUGCAGCUCAACCUUUUGCCCAGCAGCACGAGCUUUUCAAGUACAUUACUGACAUAUGCUUGGCAAAGGUACAGGGUGACUACACUGGAUUAUCACAGAUACCUGUAACUUCAUUUUUCAAUGACAAAUUGAGCUGUCUAUAUUUGAACAGCCGGGAUCUGAACAACUACCUAGCUUCUUCUGAUCAGGCCUAGAUGAGAAUAGAAUUGAUAUUUGUUGUAUCAAUUCCCUAUUACCCAUAUUAUUUGAUUAUUCUGAUCAAUA